UGAACGCACCGUGCUCUGCCCUAGGGGGCAACGGAGUACCAGUCAUGAAACUCAUCUGCAUAACAGCGAGAGAGGAAGAACGAAAUCUACAUCAACAACAAAUAUGUCGGAUCAAUACGCUACCGUCCAGAAAGGUUCCCUGAAAUUGAAAAUAAUAGGCAUUGUUUCCUCCGGUAAAAAAAAGAAGAAGAAGAAGAACAAGGAGAAGAAGCAUCGUUUGGAGCAGCAAAUUAAUACAAAUAAAAACGAAGAGGAGGAAACCAAGAGUGGAUACAUUGACAAAAGAACACCAGCUCAAAUGGCUUUUGACAAGAUGCAAGAGAAGAGGCAAAUGGAGAGAAUUUUGAACAAAGCAGAAAAAACGCACAAGCGGAGAGUUGAGGAUUUCAACCGUCACCUGGACACCCUGACAGAACAUUAUGAUAUUCCUAAAGUCAGCUGGACCAAAUGAAGAGGAAUCCUGGACCAUUUUCAUUUUAGAAUAAAUUAUAAUUUUUUGCCCAUUGUUACCCAUGCUGUGUCAUUUCUGUUGUACAUUAAUGUCAUUUUAUAAUGUGGUAAUUUGUGUGACUAUAUUUUUGUUCCAUACAUAGAAUUAUACUAGAUUAGACAUGCUGUGAUAUGUAUUUAAUUAAACUGAGUUACUUUAA